UACAACAUCAACAAUCCUAGUUCUAGUUUGACGGACGCAGUGUCUAAAAAUUAAAAGUAGAAUUAUAGAAAAUCCGUGUGCAAACGUGUGCAAAAUCUCAGCACACGCGCAUCUAAUAACGCAUUGUGAUUGUAAAGCCAUAAAUAGUUUAAAUUGUGCAGAAACGUGUAAACAUUGGCACUGCGGGGCCAAAAAGGUAUUCUGCGAGAACAAAAGAGAAAUUUUUGUGCGUGUCACCGUCCGUCAUCCUCCCCCCUCUCAAAGGCCAGCGUUGCGAUCGGCAACGCCACAAACGGUAAACGUUGCCAGUGGCCCAACGAAAUGCAAUAGACUUUGCCCGCAUUUUGCGAUUUUCAUGAAUUUCUCAUUGUGACGGCAGGUGAAAGUGCCAUUACAGCAGAAGAACUACGCAACAAGCAAACAUACGGGAACUGCCAGGUUACACAGCCAAAGUGCUCAACUGAAUAAGCGAUAUGCCGGAAGAGGAGCCAUCACAGAAACCCAUGGAUGAACAACAAGAGCAACCACAGUCACCCAGUGCCAGCGAACCAAAUGUUGAGGAACAGAUGCCGUUGUCGCAACAUGAAACGUCUACAGACUACGUUGUAACUGAGCUAUCCGCCGAAGAGAUGCGUGCUCGACGAUUGCGUACUUUAGCCGCACGUAGUGGCGUCCUUAGUACUACUAGUGUCGUCGCCCCGUUGGCAGCAGAGAAACAACCUCGCAUUCAAGCGAACGUUCCCAGCGAAUCGCGAUUGGUACGCGAGGCGUCUGCCGGUUCCAGCAGCACGGAUACAACAAACGCAUUGGCCGACAAAGAGUCCAUAAUAUGGUCAGAUCUGGACAGCAAGCCGGACACGGAUGUUGAAAUGAAAUCGGUGGUAUCGACGCCCAUUCAGGACGUUGAAAUGACAACUGCACAUUCCAUCUGCGUACCUAACGCUGUUCUGCUUAACUCGGAGCCUAAGUCCCAGAAAAUAGUGUCCAAUACGAAUUCCUCAGUAGCUAAGAACGCUGAUGAGCGCAACGAACAGAUGCUGUCGAGACUAUUGAAUGCCACAUGGAAUGAAUUCGGUAGUGGCUCCAUCAUUUGUGCACAAACUGCCAGCUUUCUGGAGCUCUAUCCUGAAUUACGUUUUGAAUUUGAACCGAUUAUAACGAGUGUGCUGCUAGAGACGGCGUUUAAGUUCUACAACGAUGAGGUAGACGAGAGCUUGAAAGUGGAGGGUGAUACGCCCCUUGCCACCGGUGUGAGCGACGCCAAUGGCGACGACAAGGAAUUCUCCUCAGCCAAAAAGAUUAAAAGCGACGACACCGAAGUUCAGGAAAUACUGGCAAAUGCAGUCGCCUCUAGCAGUGCCGCUGAAGAGGAUCAAGGUGCCAGCGCCAGUGCAACACCUAGCCAGACUGAUAUAACAUCCAGCGAUGCUGGUGUUACGUGCGUGGUGCCUCCUCCCCUAAAUAUAGUGACUACCUCCAAGCACAAUGCCAUGCUCCAUUUGUUGCGUUGCUAUCAAAACUAUCAAACCGAGUCCAACAGAUGCAGAGCCAAUGAAAUAGGCCAAGCUGGCGACGAUAGCACACAGCAGACGUUGACAUUGGCAUUUACGAAUAUCAUUCGGGUUGCUGUGCUUGUUCUAACGGAUCGCAUACAACAGAACCUGAACUAUCAGUUGGACCAGUCAACCUUGUUGGAGCUCAUGUAUAUGGACCGUGUAAGCGAAUCCUUCCUCAUUGAUCUGGUGGCCGAAACGUAUCAGCAGCGUGAGAUUUUCGACACCAUAUUCGGCCAAUUGCUGCGCGGUCUGUUCAGUGGCAUGCAACGUAAUAUUUGCAGCUCGAAGAUCAAUACACAACAAAUAGAAUGGCUUUCCAAGUUGGUGGUUAUUAAAGUGGGCAAUGUGCGACCCAUUGCCGAUUUGAUUUCACGCCAACCAAACUAUAUACCGCCCAUAUGCACAAAGAUACCGGGACGAGAAAUUGUGAAGUGCAGCUUUCUGGGCCCUUUUCUGUCCGUCUCCCUCUUUGCCGAAGAGAAUGUUAAAUUUGCCGAGUUCACAACCAAAAACAAACUUGAAGAUACUGCCACAUCGCGGCUACGCUGGGAGCUCCACUCAAUGCGCACUCACAUGCACACGGUUUUCCACUCGCUCUGCGUCAAUGCCAGCAGCCGUCCCAAGACUCUGGAGUACGUGUCUCAAAUCCUGCGUCACAACGAUCGUCGUGUGCAAUUUGCCAGCGAUGAAAAACUCCUCGCCCGCGAUGGCUUCGUCAUCAAUCUGAUGAGUGUACUUCAGCAGCUGUCGGUGAAGAUUAAGUUAGAUCGCAUUGAGCCGAAUUUCCACUACUACAGCAAUUCGCUGGUCAACAUCGAGCAGGACACGAAAAUCCGUUACAGCGAAGAGGAGUAUAAAAACUUUUUGGCACGCAAUUUUGCAACGCCAGCGGUGAAUGUAAAUUUCCAGACGCAAUGCUGGUUCCUUACGCUGCAGGCUCAUCAUCUUGGCUACUUACCAGCGAUUCAACGAUAUCGUCAAAAGGUGCGCGCCAUCAAGGAACUACAAAAGUUAAUUGAUGAGCUGGAUCGUACCAAGCAUCACUGGGUUAACUCACGCUAUGCCAAUCGCAACAAUCAGUUCAAGGAGCGAUGGGAAAAACAGCUGCGCAAACUUAACCGUUCCAAGACUUGCAGCGAGAUAACGCUCCUGGAUCCCGCGCUGCUGCAGCGCUGCACUGAAUUUUAUUCGACUGUGUGCGAGUUUAUGCUUUAUCAAUUCGAGGGACGUGCGAUUGAGGGUCCGUUCAUCUCGAAGCUGCCGGUGCAGCAACUAAAACCGACUGACGCAUUUUCCGCACUGCCCGAGUGGUACAUCGAUGACAUCGCAGAGUUCAUAUUGUUUGCCAUGCAGCAUGCCAAUGUGGACAUUAGGCAGGGCAUCGAUCAUUCGAUCAUCACAUGGUUGUUGACCUGCGUUUGCGCCUCACAUCUCAUCAAGAAUCCCUAUGUAACUGCCAAACUGGUAGAAGUGAUGUUUGUGUUCUCCCUGAAGCCAGCCAAUUCCGUUAAUACAGCGAUGUGGAACCAUGUGCUCGCACAGAAUGCGCUGGUCAGCGCGCUAAUGCGAUUUUAUGUUGAUGUGGAGACCACUGGCCAAAGCACUGAGUUUUACGAUAAGUUUACUAUAAGAUACCACAUUAGCCAUCUAUUUAAAUCUAUGUGGGAGAAUCCCAUACACCGUCAGGCUGUCAUCUGUGAGUCGCGACAGGGUAAUCAGUUUGUUAAGUUUGUCAACAUGUUGAUGAACGAUACGACAUUCUUGCUGGACGAAUGCCUCGAGAAUCUUAAACGCAUACAUCUCACACAGCAGCUUAUGUCCGAUGUACAGAAUUGGAGCGGAAUGAGCGCUGAGCAGCAGCAGAGUCGUCUCACCCAGCUGGCAACGGAUGAGCGUCAAUGCCGUUCCUAUUUAACAUUAGCCCGCGAGACUGUUGAUCUAUUUCAUUACUUGACCAGCGAUAUUAAGGAGCCGUUCAUGCGCGCCGAGCUGGUCGAUCGUCUCAGCUCCAUGCUUAACUUUAAUUUAAAACAAUUGGCUGGGCCCAAGUGCAACGAUCUGAAGGUGAAGAACCCAACCAAAUAUGGUUGGGAGCCUCGCAGUUUGUUGGCCCAAAUCUUUGAUAUAUAUCUCCACUUGGACUGUGAUAGAUUUGCGCAGGCAUUGGCCGCUGACGAGCGCUCAUUUGAUCUGCAAAUUUGCAAUGAGGCAGCGGCACGCAUUAAACGCCUUGCGAUACGUUCUGGAGUGGAGGUGGAGCGUUUCAAAGCGCUCACGCAGCGGGCUCAUGAAAUAUAUGUUUCUAAUCAACAGACUGAGGAUGAGUGCGCCGACGCGCCUGAUGAGUUUAAAGAUCCGCUGAUGGACACAUUGAUGUCGGACCCCGUUGUGCUGCCCUCUGGCACGGUGAUGGAUCGUGCAAUUAUCACGCGGCAUCUGCUCAAUAGCUGCACUGAUCCGUUCAAUCGACAGCACCUCACUGAGGAUAUGCUGAUUCCAAAUAUUGAACUGAAGCAGCGUAUCGAUGCCUGGCGCAAGGAGCAGCGGGGCAAGCGAAACAAUAGCUAAGGCAACCAGAUCUUAAACAAUAAUCUACAAUCUUACUUAGCUUAAUGUGCAGUUUUAGUGUCUACCUAUAUCUCUAUACAAAUAUAUAUUAUAAUUAUUAUUAUAUGUAAAUGCGAUUUAUCAGCAGCUAGAAUUUAGUUUCACU